AUGGCCAAGUACGCGCCCACUUUGCCUUUCCGCUCAGGCAUUACACUUCUAGCAUCUGUUCUUCUACUGAUCCCCAUCUAUGUCAUUGGCCUCAUCAUCUACAAUGUCUACUUCCACCCUCUGGCCAAGUACCCAGGGCCCAAGUCCAUGGCAGCAACACGCAUCCCCAACAUGCGUAUGGUUGCAGCGGGCGAGGCCCAUAGAUUAAUACCCCAAUUGCACGAAAAAUACGGACCCGUCGUCCGAGUUGCCCCCAAUGAACUCUCCUUUACAACAAGCGGCGAAGCCUGGAAGCCAAUCUACGGCACUCGCCCAGGGCAUAGCCAAAAGCCAAAAAAUUACCUCUUUUACCAAGAGCCCAUUGGCAAUGUCCCAAACAUUAUCAACUCCAACGAUGCAGACCACACCCGCUUCCGUCGCUCGCUAUCCCAUGCAUUCUCUGACAGUUCUCUGCGGGGCCAGGAGCCCAUCAUCAAAGGCUAUGUUAACCUGUUCAUUCAACGACUGCAUGAAAUCACAAAGGGCGGGUCUACACCCGUUGAUAUUGUCUCGUGGUACAACUUCACCACGUUCGAUGUCAUCGGAGACCUAGCCUUUGGCGAGCCCUUUAACUGUCUUGAAAACUCAGAUUAUCACCCAUGGGUGAGCAUGAUCUUUGCAGGCGUCAAAGCUGGAGCUUUGAUCGGGUUAAUCCGCCGUGUGCCCUACUUGGAGCAUCUGAAGAAAUAUCUCGCGCCCCGGAAACUACUAGCUGCGAAGAUGGAUCAUGAAAAAUUGACAAUGGAAAAGGUUCAAGUUCGGAUGGGAAAAUCCAAUGAAAGACCUGAUUUUUUUGCGAACAUUCUUACGCAAAAAGACCCUGCGAAAGCUUUCAGUGAAGGCGAGCUCUACUCAAAUGCGAGUCUGUUGAUCAUUGCUGGCUCAGAAACCACUGCUACUUUGCUUGCGGGGGUGACCUAUCUGCUGUUAAGAAGCCCCCAUGCUCUGACCAAGCUCAACGAAGAAGUCAGGGGGGCUUUCAAGUCGGACGAAGACGCUACUCUGGAGGCUUGUAAUCAGCUGUCUUAUCUGCAAGCUUGUCUAACUGAGGCCCUUCGAAUGUACCCUCCAGUCCCCGUUGGCUUACCUCGUGUUAUUGAUAGCCAGGGUGACAUGAUUGACGGUAACUGGGUACCAGGAGGCAUAACUGUUUCUGUCUCCCAUAUAGCCACAUAUAACUCCGAGGGGAACUUCAAGGACGCAAAGCAAUUCAUGCCAGAGCGUCAUCUCGAUGAUCCUCGGUUCGCUUCUGACAACAAGGAUUCAAUGCAACCUUUCAGCUUCGGUCCAAGAAACUGUAUUGGUCGCAAUCUUGCUUAUGUUGAAAUGCGCAUGAUUCUUGCUAGAAUGAUUAUCAACUUCGAUAUGGAGCUGGCCGAGCCUCAUUUGGAUUGGAUGGACCAGAAGACGUAUAACUUGUGGGAGAAACCACCAUUGAUGUUGAAUCUCAUCCCGAGGGAUCUGGCUAUAUCGGAGAAGGCUUGA